UCGAGGCGGUCAUACAAAACGGCAGUCGCUUGCUUAUUCGGUCGGUCGUUCGUUCGUUCUCUCUCCUCUCUCCUCGUACUGUUCACAGUUUGCUCAUUGUCUGUACGUUUUGCCUGUGUUCUUUACCGUUCGUUCGGUGAAGUGGGGAACUGGGCAAGUGCUGAAGGAGGAAAAGGGAAGGCAGAGGCAGAGACAGAGACAGGCACACUGGUCGUGGUCGUGGUUUUUGCCGUCAACGGUCAAUAACGCGCCCACACGCCUAUAAAAAGAUUUCUGUUCGUGUCGCUUUCGAGCGUGCGUGCGUGAGUGAGAGAGUAAGUGAACUUACUUUGGGUGAAAACUGCGAAAAAGCUUUUGAAAAACCGUUAAAGCAUUCAGCAUGAAGGAAAUGAAAGUGGCGCGAGUGAUUAGUGAAUCCUCGACUACAUCCGAUAACACAUCCGACUUUAUCGAUAUUGUCAAGAAGUACGAUGUUGUCUACAACAAUCACAAUCCCGAUUACAAGAAUGUUGAGGUGAAGAUGAAGGUCUGGACCCAAAUAUCGGACGAGAUUGGACUAUCUGUGGAAGCUUCAAAGCGAAAAUGGAAGAAUCUCCGCGACAGUUACACAAAAUAUUUGCGCUCCUUUCGUGUGGGCACCAAGACUUCCAAGAAAUAUCAAUAUUGGGCGCACGCAGAUCACAUGGAGUUUCUGAAGCCAUUCCAGGGACCUGGCAGGAAUUCGGCGAAUGGAAAUGGCAAAUCGAACGAUGAGGACGAUACCGAAUGCGACUUUGGCUAUCAGGUUCUGGCCAAGGCAGCCAGCAAUGGAGGCGAGGAUGACCUGAAGAUUACCAUAGCAACGGCUGCGGCGACGGCAACGGCAUCCACGUCAGCGUUGAGCACACAGACUGUCAACAGCUAUACGACUCCUAUAUUGACGCCUAGUGUGGCUGCCACGCCCCCCAAUCUGAUCUCGCCGGGCAGCACAGUUGGUGCUCCGCUCCAGAGUCACAAUAGUAACAGUAACGGGAGCAACUGUGCCGCUGUGGCGCCUCUGACCUUCAACGCCAUGUCUCCGCCAGCGAGCAGCAGCAACUCCAACAGCGGAAUUCUUUCCCUGCCCGCCUUGCCGCUCACCGCUGCUGGCAAGGCUUCAGCUUCGGCAGCAGCUUCCGCUGCAGCGGCAGCCAGUGCAAAUGCCGCUGCUCUGGCCACACUGGCCAGUCUGCCCAUGGGCAUAAGCGGUUUACCCGCGGCGGCUGCUGCUCAAAUGUUCCCGCUGGCCACACUGAAGGCAGCUGCAGCUGCUGCCGGAUUACCGCUGCCAACGACGCCGUCGCUGACGCCCAACUGCAGCACGUCCAGCAAUGUGGGUUGUCUGAUCAUCGAGCCGCAUCUGUUUGCCGCUGCGGACAACUUCAAGAAGGAGCUAAGCGCGGCUGCAGCAGCUGGUGCGCCUCUGGGACUAUUCCAAAACCUGGCCAACAGAGCGCACUGUCUCAAUGGCAACGGGGCGACCAUUGGCAUGGGAAAUCCAACGCCUCCUCCGCCACCGCCACCCAGCUCAAAGGUUCGUCGGGUGCAACCUUCGCCGCAGACAGCUGCCAUCAAUCUGAGUUGCUCAGCGUCAACUACCGCCUCCUCCUGCUCUCAGCCCUCUCCCGCCAAGACGCGCAAGAUGAGCGACCCGCGAUUCCCAAGCGACUGGGAUGUGUCCGCCGUGCUGCAGGCCAACCGGGAACUGGACGCCAAUACCUUGUUCUUUCUUAGCUUGGCGCGACAGGUGCGUGCCAUGCCCAUGAAGUUCCAGUCGCUGGCCAAGAUGCGUUGCAUGCGCAUCGUCAGUGACAUUGAGCUAGAGCUGGAGAACUUUGACUGCAAUGGAGUGGUGCCGCCCGAGGAGUCCGGCAGCACGGCCAAUCUCAAGUACUGCACGGACACGCCGCCACCGCCGACCCAGGAUGGAUCAGCGUUAAUAUCAGCUGGUUCCAUGGCACCCGAGGGAUCCACUGAGCACUUUGUCUAUGUGAUGUCGCCAUCCCGUGUGGAGAGCAUGAUUGAUAUAUCCUCCGACGAGGAGAGUAAUAUGAAUGGCGGAUUAAGUGCAGCUGCUUCCGCUUCCAUUUCCAGUGCAGUGACGGGAGCAGUGCAUUGAGUGCAUCAUCUCUCUCUCCCUCUCUUGGCUUAUUAGAUACUUAUAUUAAUUUUAAUAUUAUAAU